AUGAGUUUCUUCCGCCGUUCCAGCUCGAGACCCCAAAGGCAGCAGUCCGAUCCUAUAUAUGACCAACAGCCGGCUGUACCUGAACAUCCCUCGCUCCAUCCGAGCAAAUUUGGUCCGCACUUCCAAAAGGGACAACAACAAGAGCAGAUAUAUCUCCGAAGGGCAGAAGGCGAAAAUAUCCCCCCGGGCCAUCCGGAUCUCCAUGGCCGUGCCCAUACGUUCCACCCACCUAGACAGAUUCACGAAUUCACCGACCCUUAUGUGAAGAACCCCAACCGUUAUUCGAAGCAGAUGGAGGCCGAGCGCGCACAUUAUAAGUCGUUAGCUCUGCGUAAGGAUCGUGAGACCGAAGAAGCUAUUCGCCGCGCUACUAAGGUGAAAAUUGGAUAUAAUAACACGCCCCAUGAAGAACAUGGCCUAGUGAUCGAGACUGCACUGGCCCGUACUUCAUCUCGAUUGAUUCAAGCAAACAAGUAA